GACAGUUUUCCAGCUCGGUUUGGAGGAAUACACUUCGUCAAUCAGCCGUGGUAUAUCCAUGCCCUCUACACAGUUAUACGGCCCUUUUUAAAGGAGAAGACACGAAAAAGGAUAUUCUUGCAUGGUAACAACCUCAACAGCCUGCAUCAGCUAAUACACCCUGAGAUCCUGCCUUCAGAGUUUGGAGGAAUGUUGCCCCCCUAUGACAUGGGGACAUGGGCAAGAACACUGCUUGACCAUGAAUACGAUGAUGACAGUGAAUGCAAUGCGGACUCCUACAAUGCUCCUGCAAAGGAUAUAGAAAAGGAUCUCUCUCCCAAAUCUAUGAAAAGGUCUCAGUCAGUUGUGGAUCCUGGGGUGCUGAAACGCAUGGAUAAGAAUGAGGAAGAAAACAUGCAGCCUUUGCUUUCACUUGACUAACAUUUCCUGAGCAUCGGACAUGAACUGAGGUGGAAGGCACUGCCUCGCAGCAACAAGCAAACUAUUGGGGAAGAGUGUACCAGCUGGAAUCCUGUUUACUCAUGUUAAUGUAGCAUAAUGGCAGCAGGCAGCAGGUUUUACUAUUCUGCCUGAAUUCUGGAUGCCCUUGGGUGAAAAAGAAGAGGAGAAGAAAGGAAAAUAAAAU